UCCCUGGCCAAGCUGAGGAAAGACUACUGCUGUAGGACCGACCAUUCCCUGGUCCAGUUGCCAUUUUGCUCAUGAGAUUCUUUAGAUUUGGGAAGCUGCAUCUUUGAUUUUAGAGCCAUAUGAUAGAUUUAAUGGCAAAAUCAGUGCUUUAAUUAAACGAAAAAGGUGAAAAAGAAAACUGUCUAAUCAAAGAGCAGAGAUGCAGAGCACUUCAAAUUACCUCUGGCUGUUGUCUGACGUUCUAGGACAGGGAGCUACUGCAAAUGUUUUCCGAGGGCGACAGAAGAAAACUGGGGAUUUAUAUGCUGUCAAAGUAUUUAACAGUAUAAGUUUCCUUCGUCCUGUGGAUGUUCAGAUGCGAGAGUUUGAAGUACUGAAGAAACUAAAUCAUAAGAACAUCGUUAAAUUAUUUGCCAUCGAAGAAGAGACAACGACUAGACACAAAGUACUAGUUAUGGAAUUUUGUCCAUGUGGGAGUUUGUACACAGUUUUAGAGGAACCAUCUAAUGCCUUUGGUUUGCCAGAGUCUGAGUUCUUGAUUGUUUUGAGAGAUGUGGUGGCUGGAAUGAAUCAUCUCCGUGAGAAUGGAAUAGUGCACCGUGACAUCAAACCAGGCAAUAUAAUGCGUGUUAUAGGUGAAGAUGGUCAGUCUGUUUAUAAACUUACAGACUUUGGAGCUGCAAGAGAACUUGAAGAUGAUGAACAAUUUGUUUCUCUCUAUGGCACAGAAGAGUAUUUACAUCCUGAUAUGUAUGAGCGAGCAGUCUUGAGAAAAGAGCACCAGAAAAAGUAUGGAGCAACAGUUGACCUGUGGAGCAUAGGGGUGACCUUUUACCAUGCUGCAACAGGGAGUUUACCUUUCCGACCUUUUGAAGGACCUCGUAGAAACAAGGAAGUGAUGUAUAAAAUAAUCACUGGAAAACCUUCAGGGGCUAUUUCUGGAAUACAGAAAGCAGAAAAUGGACCAAUUGAGUGGAGUUGGGAGAUGCCUGUUUCUUGUAGUCUUUCAAAGGGUCUGCAAGUUCUCCUCACACCUGUCCUUGCGAAUAUUCUUGAAGCAGACCAGGAAAAAUGCUGGGGAUUUGACCAGUUUUUUGCAGAGACAAGUGACAUACUGCACCGAAUAAUAAUCCACAUAUUUUCGUUACAGCAGAUGACCUUGCACAAAGUUUAUAUUCACAACUAUAAUACAGCUGCUAUAUUUCAUGAAUUGGUCUACAAACAGACAAAAAUUCCAUCUCAGAAUCAAGAACUGAUAUAUGAAGGUCGGCGUUUAAUACUAGAGCCUGGCAGAUUGGCACAGCACUUCCCCAGAACAACUGAGGAGAAUCCUAUCUUUGUUGUGAGCAGGGAGCCUGUCAACAUUGUUGGAUUAAUCUAUGAAGAAGUUUUACUUCCAAAAGUACAUCAACGUUAUGAUUUGGAUGGGGAUGCCAGUAUGGCUAAAGCUGUGACAGGUAUUGUAUGUUAUGCCUGUAGAGUUGCCAGUUCUUUGCUACUUUACCAGGAGUUGAUGCGAAAAGGAAUACGAUGGCUAAUUGAAAUAAUCAAGGAUGAUUACAAUGAAAUGGUUCAUAAAAAGACAGAGGUUGUCAUCAGGCUGGAUUUCUGCAGGAGAAACAUUGAGAAAGCUGAGAAAAUAUAUGAGAAUUUGAUGCAGAUCAACUUGGAAGCAUCAGAAGUGGAUGAAAUUUCAGAGAUACACACAAAACUGUUGCGUCUCUCCAGCUCUCAGGGCACAAUAGAAACUAGUCUUCAAGAUAUCAAAACCAAACUCUCUCCUGGUGGUUUACUGGCUGAUGGCUGGGCAAAUCAGGAAGGCAUGCAUCCAAAAGACAGAAAUCCAGAAAGGCUGCAGGCGCUGCUGUCUUCCAUCACAGACAUUUAUUAUCAGUUCAAAAAAGACAAAGCAGAACGAAGGCUUCCCUAUAAUGAAGAACAAAUUCACAAGUUUGACAAGCAGAAGCUGUAUUUGCAUGCUACGAAAGCCAUAGCUCUUUUCAAAGAUGAAUGUGUCAGCAAGUAUGAUAUAUUUUUGGACAAAGCUGAGGACUGGACAAGGAAAAUGCUUCACACAAGGAAACAGUUACUGGCCCUCACCAACCAAUGUUUUGGUAUUGAAGAAGAGGUUUCCAAAUACCAGGACUAUAUUAAUGAGUUACAAGAUGCACUGCCACAGAAAAUGUUUGCAGCUUCCAGUGGGAUGAAACAUACAAUAAAUACAGUCUAUCCAAGCUCAAACACAUUAGUGGAAAUGACCCUUGGUAUGAAGAAACUAAAGGAGGAAAUGGAAGGUGUUGUUAAAGAGCUGGCUGAGAACAAUCACAUUUUGGAAAGAUUUGGUGCUUUGACUAGGGAUGGUGGCCUGCGGAACGUGGACUGUAUCUAGCUUUCAGAGGACCGGAAGAGGACUUGUAAAUUUUUUCAAAGGGAAAAAAGUACUGUUGGGACAGUUAAAGGCAGAUAAUAAAUCUGUAUCCAGGUUUUUUUCCUUCGACAACUGUAAUAUUAAAAAAAAAAUGUAAAUAUGUAUAAGAUGUAAAUAUAAAAGAAAUAUAUAUCUUUUCUUGGUCACUUUUAGGAUUGAAUUUCUUCUGGCAGGGAAUUGAACCCCUUGGAGGAUUUCUGAGGAAAUCCUAAAGGAAAAGGUGUUGUUGAUGAAACUGACGUUUGUCUGCUUUGAAUAUUGCCUUUUUUUCAGAAUGCAGUUUGGUCUUCUCUGCAAGAGGACUUGCAGAACUCCAUAACACCCUUGUAUAAAAGGUGUUUUGGAUUUCGUUUAACAACCACUGUUAUUUAGGAGUCUAGCUGAAUGACUUUGAUCAUCACAGAACAUGAUGAAUGUCUUAAAUGAGAUGUUUCUAAGUGAGUGUGAGAAUAGGGACUAAAAGCACAUAGGACAGAGUGGAAAUUCAUUUCUCUUUCCAUCACAUCUAAACUGUUAGUUCACUUCUACUUGAGAAAGAAAACUAUUAUUUUUUUAAGCUCUCUUCAUAUUUGGUGCCAUGUUACGUGUAAUCAUUUGACUGCUCUGUAUAUGGAAGUUUUGCACUCCAGCAUGUCUGACUGAAUGUCAAAAUUCCUUUUUUGGAGUACACCACUUUCAGAAUUUCCCUGUAAUCUUGGUGCUCACCACAAGAGAAGCGGGUUCUUAAAAUAACUUUUUCAGGAUAUUGUUUGCAGGUAUAAUUUUAAAAAAAAAUAUAAAAAAUUUAUAUGAGGAGAAUUUGUGGGUAGUCAGACUGGAUAGCAUCAUGCUUCAGUAGUAACUGAAUGUUGGAAAAAUAAGUUACUGGUCUAGAUCUUGAAAAGGGACCAUACCCACUGCUGAGUUAUGACUGAGUUAUCAAACUCAGAUGAAAAAUUUAGUAAGAGUCUGUAUGUAUUUUCCAGCAUGAGUAGUUAGUACUUUCAGUACUGGGUUGGGUUGCAGAAAUGCAGAAUGAAAUACUCUCCAUGCAGUGCUACAGGCUGGGCACAGAGUAGCUGGAGAGUAGCCAGGCAGAAAAGAACCUGGGAGUUUGGAUUAACAGGAAGCUGAACGUGAGCCAGCAGGGUGCCCAGGUGGCCAAGAAGGCCAAUGGCAUCCUGGCCUGGAUCAGGAACAGUGUGUCCAGCAGGAGCAGGGAAGUGAUCCUUCCCCUGUACUCAGCGCUGGUGAGGCCACACCUGGAGUACUGUGUCCAGUUCUGGGCCCCUCAGUUCAGGAAGGAUAUUGAGGUGCUGGAACAGGUCCAGACAGAGAAAAGCAAUGAGGCUGGUGGAGGGACUUGAACACAAGCCCUAUGAGGAGAGGCUGAGGGAGCUGGGUUUGUUUAGUUUGGAGGAGGCUCAGGGGUGACCUCAUCACUCUCUACAACUCCCUGAGAGGAGGUUGUAGCCAGAUGGGGGUCGGUCUCUUCUCCCAGGCAACCAGCAGUAGGACAAGAGGGCAUGGUCUUAAGCUGUGCCAGGGGAGGUUUAGGUUGGACAUUAGGAAGAAAUCUUUACAAAGAAGGUAAUCAGGCAUUGGAAUGGGCUGCCUAGGGAGGUGGUGGAUUCUCUGUCCCUGGAGGUUUUUAACAUGAGACUGGAUGUGCCACUUUGUGCCAUAGUCUAGUAACCGCUGUGGUAUUGGAUUGAGUUGGAUUUGAUGAUCUCAGAGGUCUUUUCCAACCUGGUUGAUUCUAUGAUUCUGUGAUUCUGCUUCCAAAUAUGUAGGGGGGUAAAAAGAGAAGAGGAAAACAAGCAAAAUCUCAGAAAGCAUCCCUUUGUUUUGAUGUUACAAGUGUACUUACUUGUUUCAGAUGAAGAACAUGCAAAUACUGCAGGACUCAUUCAUUCCUUUUGGAAACCUGGCCAUGAGUGCUCCCUGGUGUCCAAUAGUACUUCUCUUUGGUACAUUACAUCUGUAAGAAGAGCUGGACCAAAUAUAUUUAGAAUUUUCUGUAAUUAAUGGUGAAACAGGUAUAAACUAAACACAUUGACCUGUGAUAGCAUUUGAUAUUUUUGUGAUGCUUAUUCCCUGCAUAUCUGUCCAGGUCAGAAUACAAAACAUUUCCAUUUAAUUUUUUUAAAAUAUUUUGGUAGAAACUUAACAAAAUUUAUAAUUGAGCAUUUCACUGUUAAAAGAAGAAGAAAUUCACUGCCUUGAUGUCCCAGACCUGCUUGCCAGUGUUCUUGGUGAGAAUCAAAUAUUAAAAGGGAAUUCGGACAUUUUUAUACCCAUAUGAGCAACUUCUUUCUUUGCAAGCUUUGUCUCCCAAAAAACCUAGCUAUGCAAAAGGAGUGCAGCAGUUUGUUACUCAUCUGUCCUUGGUUAGCCAUGGCAUUCUUAAUUUUUUGUUCUAAAAUACUGGAAUCAUGUGUAACUGGAAUGUUUUAGUGCCUGCUUGUACUUUUGUUCAUUCACAUCCACAGUCUCACUGAAUGUCAGUAAAACACAUGAAUAAAUAUUAAAAGAAUUGGACUCUCUGUGGAUAAAUUGUAUUUUUUCCAAUAUUAUGUCUGUAAUACUUUGUUAUUUCGAAGUUCUUAAUCCUGAAAGAAAUCAAAUGUUACUUGGAAUAUAUAAUUUUAACUUCUUUAUACUGAAGCAGUGUGAAAAAGAAAGUUAAUUGUAGUAACAGUAUAAUCUGUAUAUUGAAAUAUGUGCAGCAUUCUUUUACACGGAUGAAAACGUUUUGUUAUAUUUUAUGUUCAUGUUAAACAUUGCUGGGUUUAGUGUUGCUGAAUAUAUCAGCAAUCUUAAUCUUGUUAAAAUUUCUUUUUCUAAAGCAAUUUUAACUAAGCAGUAGCUAAGGAACUUGAAGUAAUCAGUUCAUAAUUACUGAUUACAUUAUUAUGAAGCAAAUAAUUUUUCAAGUCAAAGCGUAGUGUACAGUAUCAUCAACUUUUUGCUCAAAGUGUCUUGAUGCUAUGAGUCAUGCUACUGAUUUGCCAAAAAAAGUAAUGGAAAGUAAUAUAUGGUUCUUCCUCCUGAAGCUGGUUUACUGGUUUGUGGGGGUUUAGCUCAAUAUAUUAAUUAUCUGUUACUUGAACAAACCUGUCUUCAUAUGAACUGUGAAAAUGCAUGAGCAAAUGAUUUAAUGGCAUAAAUACAUCAUCAACCACUUAC